UAUAAUAAUAAAAUUGUUUUAUGUUUUGUUGUUUAAUAUCGUGAAUUGAACAAAUUUACAAAAUGAGAUUUUAAAAAGAAUUAAGAUGACAAGACUUUUUUGUAGUGACAAUUUGUAAUAAUUUCUGUUCUGUCAUUUUUAAAACGACGUAACAAUGGAAACCGUUUUUAUGAAACCAGUGCAACCACACGUGUUUAAAGCUUUGAAAGAUGUUGAUAUACCGACUUUGGUUAAGUGCUCCUCUGAUGAAAUAAGACCUAUAAUACCAUGUCUUGUUCGUAUGGCUCUGAUAGCUCCACUGGACGUAACAAAAUACUGUGCGGAGGCAAAGAAAGACAUACUGACUCUGUUAUCAGGCAUUGACUUGGUAAAUUUUAUAGUGUCUCUCCUCUCCAUCGAAUUUCAUGCACUUGAAGUAGAUCUAAAAAAAGAACAGCAAAUGCGACAAAAAAGUGGUUCACAAAGUACAGAAUCUUUUUUAAUUCAAAAUAUUGUUAAUGGCAUAGCAAAUGAUUUUGAGCAGUCAGACUCAGCAAGGAGAGUUCGUCUUGUUCUGUCGGAGUUGUUACAAAUGCAAGCACAAUUAUCUGAGUAUAACCAAAAUAAAAACUCUAAUGUUGAAUCUUCUGUGAAGCCAUCAGAACUCUUUGAUAAUGAAGUUUACCUUGAAGAAAUUACAGAUGUCAUUUGUAUUAGUCUUGCAGAAUUGCCAAAUUUGCUGAAUAUUUGUGAAAUUGUUGAAGUUUUAUUAUAUGUUAAUAAAGGCCCUAUAAUUAUUUCUUGGGUUGUAGCAAAUAUGCCAGAUACUUUACUAGAAGUGGCUGACUCACUUGUGAUUAAUGCUGAGAGAAGUGAGGAAGGUGGUAUUCGAGCCAAGGCUCUUUCUACAUUAUGUGAUGCCUGUCCAUAUAUUGCUGCAGCUGUAAGAGCAAAAGCCGUUUCUUCUUCACGAUUACCAUCUUUAGUAAUCAAUCUAACUUUAACCCAUCAUUCAGAAGACCUGGUUUCUUUUAUAUCUGGACUUUUAUUAGGUUCAGACCAAACUUCGAGAGCAUGGUUUGCAACAUUUUUGCGUAAUUCUCAUAAGAGGGGAAAAGGUGAUGGUAACACCACAUUGGUGAAAUUACGUCAAGAAUUGUUAAAUAGACUUAAAGAAGCAGCUGCCGGAGUAGAUGCUUCUGCCUUACUGAGAUUGUAUUGUGCUCUCAGAGGCAUAGCAGGAAUUAAAUUUCAAGAUGAUGAAGUAUCUGGAUUAUUAAGAUUAGUCACCCAAAAGCCUCCUCCAACUCCUGCGGGAGUACGAUUUGUUUCUUUAAGUCUUUGUAUGAUUUUGGCUUGUCCAUCUCUUAUGGCUGCUCCUGAACAUGAAAAAAAGGCUAUUGAGUGGGUACAAUGGCUUGUUAAAGAGGAAGCAUAUUUUGAAAGUAAUUCUGGAGUUACUGCUUCGUUUGGAGAAAUGUUACUUUUGAUUGCAAUUCAUUUUCACUCUGGACAAUUAGCAGCUGUAGGUGAAUUGGUAUGUGCAACUCUUGGAAUGCGUGUGCCCGUUCGCCCUAAUGGUUUAGCUCGUAUAAAACAAGCAUUUACGCAAGAAAUAUUUACAGAACAGGUUGUAACUGCACAUGCUGUAAAAGUACCAGUUACGGCUAAUUUAAACAGUAAUAUCUCCGGAUAUUUGCCUGUGCAUUGCAUCCACCAAUUGCUUAAAUCUCGAGCCUUUUCUAAACACAAAGUGCCCAUAAAGAACUGGAUAUACAGUCAAAUUUGUAAUUGUAUAGCUCCUCUACAUCCCGUUAUGCCGGCACUUGUAGAAGUUUAUGUUAACUCUAUUCUUGUUAUUAAUAACAAAGGAACCAAUGAAUACUUUAAUAAGCCUAUAACAGAAGAAGAAAUUCGAAGAGUAUUUAGAAAUUCAAUUUUUGGUGUUAACUUUGAUUCCCAUAAUAAGCAAUUUACCCCUAUGGAGACUGAUGGAGAAUUAUCUGUUGAAAUAAAUAUAGAAAAACCAACAUUAGCAUCACAAUUGUUACUGAUAUAUUAUCUUCUGCUUUAUGAGGAUGUAAGAUUAGCAAACUCUGCAACGCUUAUUGCUAAUGGUAGAAGAAUAAAAAGUUAUUCAACUGCUUUUCUUUCUGAAUUGCCUAUUAAAUAUUUAUUGCAUCAAGCUCAAAAAGAUCAGAUGAGCUAUGGUGGGCUUUUCAGUCCAUUACUUCGUUUGUUGGCUACACACUUUCCACAACUAUCUCUUGUGGACGACUGGAUGGAUGACCAAGUUUUUGGAGAUACAUGUCGUCAUCAAAUUGCCAUAAACAUUUCAGAUACAUCAAUAGAUGAAGCAUUUCAAUGCAUAGAGGAAAAUCCGUACAAAACAGGAAAAAUCCUAAAAGCUAUGCUUAAUAAAAAUCCUACCGAUAUUUGGCCAUUUGCAGAAAUAUUUGUCAGAUAUAUAAGAAGUGUGCUUGGUGAUCAAGUUCCAAGACAUAUUCAGGAAUUAUACCGUGAGGUUUGGCUUAGACUCAACACAGUUUUACCAAGGUGCUUAUGGAUUAUGACUAUCAAUGCAUUGCUUGAUAUCAAUAAUGGCAAUAUAAAAAAUGUUACAAUAACACAAGAAAAUGUUUUGGUAGACCCUUUGCAAGUUUUACGUUGCGACAUUAGAGUAUUUAGAUGUGGACCUAUAUUAAAAAUAAUACUCCGAAUUUUAGAGGCAAGUUUAGCAGCUUCUAGAAGUCAAUUAAGUCGUCAUUUAUUGGACAAGCCACUUCUUGAAAAAAGUGGUCAACUAACCUCAGAUUCGGAAAGAGAAGAGUUAAAAAAUGCUCUAGUCGCUGCCCAGGAAAGUGCUGCACUUCAAAUUUUAUUAGAAGCCUGCUUAGAAACAGAUGAAGACCAAACUAAGCCAGAACUUAUGUGGUCAUUAAGAGAGGUCAGAAGCAUAAUUUGUUCUUUUUUACAUCAAAUAUUUAUAGCAGAACCAUCAUUGGCCAAACUCGUACAUUUUCAAGGAUACCCACGAGAAUUAAUACAAGUUACAGUACAAGGUAUACCCUCUAUGCACAUUUGCCUUGACUUCAUACCAGAAUUGUUAAGUCAAGCUUCACUUGAAAAGCAAAUAUUUGCAGUGGAUUUAGUGUCACAUUUGUCAAUACAGUAUGCAUUACCAAAAGCGAUGUCAAUUGCAAGAUUAUGUGUGAACACGCUUUCUACACUGCUAUCUGUCUUGCCGAGUGAUUUGCGUCUCGAACUAUUCCAGCCGGUUUUAAAAUCAUUUGUUAGAAUUUGUACAGCAUUCCCUUCCCUCCUAGAAGAUAUCACAUCCUUAUUACUGCAACUGGGAAGAAUAUGUGAAUCUCAAGUUUCAUUGGGUCACUGUUGGAAUGACACGAACAUAUUAGGCGAAGGUGCUUACGUAGCUUCUGACGUUCAAAGUGACAGCAAAGUUUUAGUAGCAGAAGUCCUAUGUCGAGACAUUAAAGUAACUAUGUCAGAAAUAAUACAGAAGGCUCUUUUAAACGAUAAGCUUUAUUAGAAGUAUUGCAAGAUCCUAUUAUAUUAGUAUGAAAUUAACUAUAUAUUGAAAUGAUUAUUCUGUUAAUAUAAUCAUCAUAGAAGGGUAAUAUUUUAUAAAAGUUAGUUUUAAAGACAUAGAUCCCCCAUAGUAUAUACCUAAUUAUGUUUACGGUAGAAUUUUGGUUGUUAUUGUGCAAAAUAUAACGUAAACAUUAAAUCAAUAUAAAUAUGUAGUUUUCUUGGUUGUAAUUAGCAGAAAAUUAAUAUUUUUUAUGGCAUUUUCUGAAAACAAAAUAUUUAAUAAUAGCUAUUACUUUAUGUUUUAAAAAUUUACGUUUCUUUUUUUAAACAUAUAAUUUAAAUGUUUGUAAAUUUAAAAAGUAGUUAUACUUUCUUUAAAAUCUAAUAGAUGAUAUUUAUUCAAACAAUAAUUCUUAUAAGCGACAAACAGCAAACAGGGUAAGUACCACCCACUCAUCAGAUAUUCUACCGCAAAACAGUACUUAAUAUUGUUGUGUUCCGGUUUAAUGGGUGAGUGAGCCAGUGUAAUUACAGGCACAAGGGACAUAAAAUCUUAGUUCCCAAUGUUGGUGGUGCAUUGGACAUGUAAGCGAUGGUUGACAUUUCUUAAAAUGCCAAUGUCUAAGGGCGUUGGUGACCACUUACCAUCAGGUGGCCUAUAUGCUCGUCCGCCUUCCUAUUCUAUAAAAAAAAAAAAGACUGCAUGUUCGAAAUAAAACUAAUAACAUAAUUUUCUACUUUAACAAUUUUUUGAUAAA